GGCGACGGGAGCGUCCCCGGAGCUGCCGCUGCGCCUCGGGCUCGCCCGCUCCGCCACCCGCUCUCCUGCCGUAACCGCGGCCACCGGCCCCGCCGGAGCGGGGGGCUCGGCGGGGACGAUGCUCGGCAGCAUCCCGCCCACCGGGCGGCCCCGGGAGGGGCCGGGGCUGCGGGGAGCGGGGCGGCGAGCCCGCCCGUAGCCGCCCGCCCGGGACCGGGGGUGCUCCUGGCAGCGGGAGCCCCUGCGCCCGGUGCCGGCGGAGGAUGCUCCAGGGCGGCGGCCGGACCCUCGCCCGCGGCUCCCGCCGCCCGGUGCUGCCCCGGGGACCGGCGGUCCCGGGCGGUAUGAACCCCCGGCGGGGGCCCGGUGCCCGAGGGACGGCGACGGAGGAAGAAGCCCCGGGGCCGCGUUCUGGCUCCGGCUGGGAGCUCUAGGCCGGCUCUGCCGCCGGCAUGCGAAGGUACCAUUGAGGCCGGUUGCAUUCCCGUGACACCCCGCGGAGCUUCUGGGAGUCCCGGUCCUGCGUGGCUGUGGGCGCUGCCCCGAGCACCCGUCCCAGGGGACUGGGAAGAGCUGCUGUCAGCAUCCUUCUGCAAGGCGAAAGGUGGAGGCUGGCCUGUUCUGCAGAGCGUCCAUUCCUGCUUCCCCGGCACCGGCUUCAUCCUGGCGCGGUGCCGCCGGUUGCCCCGGGACUCCGGGGCUGGUUGUCCCCGUUUGCCGCCCGGGGCAGCCAUGCCGUCCCCCAGCGAGUCCAGCCGCUCGCUGACCGGCCGCGCGUCCCGCAGCCUCACCCACCUCCGCGUCCAGCGGACCUGGCUGCAGAUCCUGCUGGUGCUGGGCUUCAUCCAAAUGAUCCUGGGCGUCCUGAUCGUCACCUUCAGCCUGGUGGCAGCCACCAUCACGCCCUCCACCAAGAUCCGCCACUCCUGCCCGUCCUGGGCCGGCUUCUCGCUGGCGCUGUCUGGGCUUGUUGGCAUCGUCUCCUGGAAGCGGCCACUCACGCUGGUGGUCACCUUCUUCACGCUGCUGUCGGUGCUGGGCGUCAUGCUGAGCCUCGCCGGGUCCAUCCUGUCCUGCCAGAACGCGCAGCUGGUGACGUCCCUGGGGGCCUGUGAGAGGGAAAGGGACCUGUGUGUCUGCUGUCAGACCCGCUCGGAGCCCCCGCCCGCCUCCUGCAGCCGGCACAGCGAGAUGCUCACCAUGUACCCCAACCCCGACUGCCGCAGCAUCCGCGUGGCGCUCAAGGACCUGCUCUUCAGCGUCUGCGGCUUGACCGUCUUCUCCACCAUCGUCUGCACUCUCUCUGCCGUUGUGUGCUGCAUCCAGAUCUUCUCCCUUGACAUCGUCCAUGUGCUGGUCCCCCAGCGCUCGAGCUCCGUGACACUGGAAUGCACGUCCCCCCCUGACACCUUCCUACAGAGCAUGAUGGACUUCGAGGAAUUCGUGCCGCCGGUGCCGCCACCCCCAUAUUACCCACCCGAGUACACCUGCAGUUCCGAGACCGACGCGCAGAGCAUCACCUACAACGGCUCCAUGGACAGCCCCAUGCCGCUCUACCCCACUGACUUCCCCCCGUCCUAUGAGACGGUGAUGGGGCUGCGGGGGGACAGCCAGGCCACCCUGUUUGACUCGCAGCUGACGGACGGCUCGCACGCCUGCACCUGCGACCGCGUCCCCUCCAUCGUGCUCAGCGGAGAAGUGUCCAUGGACAGCGGGUCCCUCAUCAUGUCCGAGAUCAUGGACAUCCCCGGGGACAGCAGUCCGUCGGAGGACUCGUGCCUCCUGGAGCUGCAGGGCUCCAUGCGCUCCGUCGACUACGUCCUUUUCCGCUCCAUCCAGCGCAGCCGCGCCGAUUACUGCCUGAGCGUGGACUGCGUGCAGUGCAGCCACCAUGCGCGCAGCCCCACGCUGGGCUUGCAGGGGCCCUUCGAGGAGCGUCCCCAGCCCCGGGUGCGCGGGGAACGCUCCUACUCCUGCUCCACAGAGGAGCCCACUCAUGACGGCAUCUUGGUGGGGGGAGCUGUGACCCACAGCUGCAACCGCCUGGAGGGGCUGGCGCGCUGCGCGGGGCCCUGCUUCCCCGAGGUGCGGCUCAAGGAGAAGGGCUCUUGUCAGGGACGCGGUGGCAGCCGCUCCACAGGGCCCGGCGCCGGGCGCCUCGGUCACCCACGGCGGAACAGUGAGACCUCCUGCCCUUCGUCACCGGGGCUGAGCCAGCGCCCGCUCGUGAGGUCGCACAGUGACCCCGGUGUCCUGAUGGGCGGCCGUGCUGCAGAUUUCGGGGAAGUACUUUAUACCAAAGCACUGGAGGACACUGUGUCCAACUCCUCUGCGGAUACAGGGCUGUGCUCAGCAGCCUGUCUGCUCCGCCACCCACACUGUGACUCCCCCCUGCUGCUCCGGGCCGGCUCGCUGGGGAAGGACAAACCGCUGCCCUCCAAGAAGGUGACGCAGCAGCUCUCACAGACGACGACCCGCUCCCUGGGGGACCUCAAGGUGUGCCGGGGCACCCGCGGGCUGGUGGCCAGGUUCCUGCAGAGACCCAGGCGCAGCCGAGCGCCCAGCGUGGAGCUGCCCGGCCACAGCGCCCAGGGCCACAAGCAGGGGCAGGGGUGCUGCCCGCGCCGCCGCAGCCCGUCCCCACGGGGUUGCAGGUUCCCUGGAGCGCCUGGCCGGGAGCGGAGCGGCCCCAGGAAGGCAUCCACCUGCAGAGCUGCGGGGACCUGAGCUCCACCUCGUCCCUGCGCCGGCUCCUGUCCACCCGCCGGCUGGAGCGCGGCCGCCUGCGGAGCCUCGGCGGGACCUGCAAGGAGAGCGUCCUCUGACCGCGCGCCCUCCCGCGGGGACCCCGCUGCGGGGACGGGGGUCCCGCUCGGGGCCAGGGCCCUCGGACGUUGCUCGGACGUUGAUUCUCGGCAGGGCUGGGUCCUGCGCCAGCGCCCUGGGGGCUCGGCAGGGUCCCUUCCCCAGGGCGAGGGGCUGGUCCCCUGCGGUGGCCGCUGGGGGCCGAGGCGGCCGUGCCUGUCCCCUGCCCUGUCCCCUGCGCGGGCCGUGCCUGUCCCCUGCCAGCCGUGCCUCUACUCUGGGAUAGCCAUGCCUGUCCCCUGCUCUGUCCCCUGCGCUGGCCGUGCCUGUCCCCCACCCUGGCUGUGCCUGUCCCCUGCCUUGUCCCCUUGUGCCAGCCGUGCCUGUCCCUCAUGCCAGCUGUGCCUGUCCCCUGCCCUGUCCCCUGCCCCAUCCCCCGUGCCAGCUGUGCCUGUCCCCUGCCCCAUCCCCCGCGCCAGCUGUGCCUGUCCCCCGCCCUGUCCCCGCGCUGGCCGUGCCCGCCCCGGGGUCCCCAGGCGCGUUGCGGGGCCGGUCCCGCGGCGCUCGCAGCCCCCCGCUAGAGACCGAAUAAAACGUGGUCACGUGG